AUGCGUCAACCUUCGGAGUAUGCUCAUCCUGAUUUUCCUCAUUAUGUGUGCAAAUUAAAGAAAGCAAUCUACAGCCUCAAACAGGACACUCGCACCUGGUACUCUGAAUUAAAGCAAUUCUUGGCUCCGAUUGGCUUUCAAAAGUCGAACUCUGACUCCUCUCUAUUUAUUUGUCAUCAUAAUGGAGCAUUGGUUUACAUUCUUGUAUAUGUCGAUGACAUUAUUAUCACUGGUUCCAGCUCUGAUGUUAUUAAACAAGCUAUACAUGUUCUUUCUGCAAGAUUCUCUCUCAAAGAUCUUGGACAACUGCACUAUUUCUUGGGUAUUGAGGUCCUUCGAACGACAGAUGACAUCAUUCUUUCUCAAGCCAAAUAUGUUUCUGAUAUUUUUGCUGCUCAUAAUAUGUCUGACUGUAAACUUGUUCAAACACCCAUGAGUUCCACUGAGUCCCUGUUACUAAAGGAUGAUACACCUUAUGUGGAUGCCACUUUGUAUUGUCAAGUACUUGGUAAGCUUCAGUAUCUGUCAUUUACCAGACCAGAUAUAAGCUUUGCGAUUGAGCUGGUGAUAUUAGCGAUAGGACUUCCACUUCAGGCUAUAUUAUUUACGUAG